UCUUAAUAAGAUCGAUGUGUUAUGUCGGUAAAGUGUGCGCGGCGGGCACGGUAGGUUAGUUGACCGCGGGGCCGAGCGAGCGCUGAGCUGACAGUAGGCCGGCGACGUCACAGUGGGCCGGUUGAGCCUUCCUUCGUUCGAUUCAGGCAGGCUCUUCUAUUCGUUUUACAUGUAGCAAGCAGGGUCGCGGGGUGCAGUUCAGACAUGGGAAGUGAGCAUUACUGCCUGAGGUGGAACAAUCAUCAGAGCAACUUGCUGGGUGUGUUCAGUCAACUGCUGGAGUCUGAGUCGUUGGUGGACGUGACACUGGCGUGCACGGAGGGACCAUCGAUACGCGCCCACAAGGUAGUCCUCUCCGCGUGCUCCAGCUACUUCCAGGCCCUGUUCCUAGACCAUCCGAACCGUCACCCCAUCGUCAUCCUAAAGGACGUACGUUUCGCCGAAUUACGUACCCUCGUCGACUUCAUGUACAAGGGCGAAGUAAACGUCGAGUACUGCCAGCUCUCGGCACUUCUCAAGACAGCGGAGAGCCUAAAGGUUAAGGGUCUAGCGGACAUGACAAACAUCAAUGCUGCGGUCGCUUCGCGAGAGGAACAACAGACGCAACAGCAACAAUCGCAAUCGCAAUCGCAAUCCCAACAACAAAAUCUACAGGCUCAACAGCAGCAACAACAACAACAAUCGCAACAACAACAAUCGCAACAACACGAUCGAAGCUCGGAGUGUUUAUUGCGGGAAUCAUCGCGAGAACAACACCAUCGAGAACGUGAUAGUAUAAAGGAUAGUAAUAGUUGCGGUGGGAAAGUUAACGAGAGGGAUAGUAGAAUCGAGGGAAACGUUCAAGGCGUCGCGACGGCGGCCUCGGCCGGCGCGACGACGUCCAGUCAAGGCACGAAAGAUUCUUCCGCCGAACAGCAACAACAGACACAGCAACAGCAACAACAACAACAACAACAAUUGCAAACGCAACAGCAACAGCAACAGCAAUUGCAAACGCAACAGCAAUUGCAAUCGCAACAGCAGUUGCAAACGCAACAGCAGCAACAGCAACAACAACAACAACAACAACAACAAAAUCAUCCGCAAGGAACGACGAGCGAUUCGGUCGAAGCCGUCGAUAUGACGGAUUGUCCAGUAUCACCAACGGGACCAGGUAGUCCCUGUCCUGGUCCCCUUGCUCUCGAUCGACCAAGAAGGGAUUCCGAGGAUGCUGCUAGCUUCGAAGAAACUAGAGGAUCCCUCAGUCCCAUCUCGGUACACAGUGGUCCAUCCGACAUGAGCCUGAGCAACAACACCACUGGUACACCUGGUGUAUUACCUUUGAACUUACCGCAGAACCGACUUCCGUCCCCGCACAGUACCGAACCACUCGCAGGCCCAUCUGGUCUACCCCCUGUUCAACAAGUUCCACUUUCGUUGAAAAAGGAAAUGGACUGGGAAAGAUCGACCGAGGAACGGAGUGCAAGCAGUGAAAUAUCCACGGACUACAGACUCCCACCAGAUCCGGUGUCUUUGGCGUUGGGAUUGGAUGCAGGUGGUUGGGGUGCGUUGGUUGAAAGAUCGAGCGGUCAUCACCACAGCGGAAGUGGAACGGGUGGAGGUGCAGGGUUGAUCGGUCACGGAAGUUUCGCAAGUUUGGCGGGUUUGGCACGGCGUUGCGGAGUUUGUUUGGCCACGUUUCCGUCAGCCUGGUUGCUCGAACGUCACGCGUUGCUGCAACACGCUGGUCAAUCGAACGACGACAAACCGUUUACGUGCGAGCAGUGCGGUCAACGUUAUCGUUACCGUUCAGCUUAUGUUAAACACCGCGAGCAGAAUCAUCGUGCACGAUUGCCGGCCGACAAGUUAUUCACCUGCGACGUAUGCGGCAUGCAAUUCAGGUAUCUUAAAUCGUUCAAGAAGCAUAGACUGAAUCACGCGUUAGAAAGAUUGCAACGGGCACCUAGCGAUACGCAUAAUGCUGUAUUAACCGCAUCGCCGGUUGCGGAAAGAAGCGAUCAAGUGUCGAGUACGGGUGAACCUAGUCAAAUAGAAACGGGUAGCGAUUCUACUACUAAUCUGGGUGACGUCGAGGAGUCCAGGGGAAUAUAUUCGGAGAAUGCGAGAGGCGAGGAAAGUGUAUCGGAGACAACGAGUAUUCAAGAUAAUCCAGGGGAGACAAUGCUCGAGGUGCAGAUGACGGAAUCCGAGACCACGGCGAGAACAACGACAACGACGACGACGACGACGACGACGACGACGACAUCGAGUGGUGGUGGUGGUGGUGGUGGUGGUGCUGCUAGUGGUGGAAUUGGUAUUGUUGGUGGUGUUAGGACGUUAGCUAGUAUCAUCUCUCCAUCGGCAACUGGAAGCGAAAUUGGCUUGAACAUUGGCACUAGUAAUAAUACUACUACAACGACUGACGUAGUUGCGGACCCUGACGAAUCUGUCCUAGAUGAUGGCGAACGUAACGAAACACCGGACGCGAUGAUGAUAGGUUUGGCACGAACCGGACACGAGGCUGAUAGACGCGAACGACGUUUCGCGUGUCCCUUCUGCGGCAAAUGCGUCAGAUCUAAAGAAAAUCUAAAAUUGCACGUACGCAAACACACCGGUGAACGUCCCUUCGUUUGUCUAUUUUGCGGUCGUGCUUUUGGGGGUAAAAGCGAUCUCACUAGGCAUCUUCGUAUACAUACUGGCGAACGACCUUAUCAUUGCGAAAUGUGCGGAAAAUGUUUCGCCCGUGCCGAUUAUCUUUCCAAACACUUAACCACCCAUAUACAUCAGCGUUAAUGUCUCGCACGAUUAUUUCAUUCGAUUAGAUGAUUUAUCUUAUAUUUUUCUUUUUUUUCU